UAUGUUGCACUUUCAGUCAGUCCGUCCCCCCUGAACACACACACACACAGACUUCACUUAGUCAGUUCUGGUCUUCAGUCAAACAACAAACAGAAGCUUCUCUGCUAACCAGGCAAUUUUCCUGCUAAUAUCUGAGAUGGAAACUACAACAUAUGAUUACGACUACAAUACUGAGAUUACACCGAUCACCCCAUGUUCUACUGACAGUGUCAACAAUCUGGGAGCUCAGCUAUCCACCCUUUACUACUUUAUGUUUCUCUUCAGUCUUUUUGGCAACGGGCUGGUCCUGGUCAUCAUCCAUCGGUUUGAGAAGCUGACCACUGUGACCAACAUCUUGCUGCUGAACCUGGUGUUUUCCUCUCUAAUCUUCAUGAGCAGCCUUCCCUUUAUAGCAGUCUACAUGCAGCUCUCCACCUGGAUCUUUGGCAAGGUUAUGUGCAAGAUUGUGGGCAGCGUCUACUAUCUGGGCUUCUACAGUUCUGUCCUCUUUCUAACACUUCUGACCUUCGACCGAUACCUUGCUGUUGUGCACUCCUUGGGCACACUGCAAGUGAGAAACAGAAGCUAUGCUCUAAUGUCCUGUGCUGUGGUAUGGCUGAUCAGCAGCCUGGCGUGCAUCAAGCCAAUGAUUCUCCACAACACUUUUAUUCAUUUCAUCGACAACAAAACAUACUGUCAGGAGUAUCCAGGUGAUUUACCUUAUGUUAAUGAGGAGCAGCUGAGAACAUCUGGAUUUUAUCUCCAGCUUUUCAUUUUCUUGAUCUUCCCUCUGGUUGUUAUUAUCUACUGUUACACUAGGAUUGCAAUCACUGUGCUAUCAUCCAGGAUAGUCACCAAGUUCAAGACAGUUAGGCUGAUAUUCAUCAUUGUCCUAUUGUUUUUCAUGUGCUGGACCCCAUUCAACAUUGUAAUGCUGAUGCACGAUGAAAACUCUACCUGUGAGGAAAAGCAGAAAAGGAAAUAUGCACUUCAAGUCACUCGUAACAUUGCCUACAUUUACUUUUGCUUCAGUCCUUUCUUAUACACAUUUGUGGGGAGAAAGUUCCAAAGCUACUUCAGACAGAUGCUGGUGAAACGCUUCCCAGGGUUAAAGGGGCAUAUUUCUGUCAGUCAAAACAGCAGAACCAACAUGUCCACAAAAGGUACGCCAAAUUGUUAGUUGUCAGAUUCUAGCUUAAAGAAAUAAAUUGCAGACACACUGAGCAUACCAAACCAAACUCUCAGCCGUACUAGUAAUAUUUUGUAACUGUUAGAAAAUUUCUAAACAAAAAAAAAUUAUCCUUUAAUACAACCACUGACUCAGCUAAACUUUUUUUGUACUGAUUUCUGAGAGCAGACCUGAAAUUCUUUGUUUGACUAUUUGGUAAUUUGGUGAUUGGCAUUUUGUGAAAGGCUAGCACUGGUCAACUGAAUGAAUGAUUCUUUUCUACUGGUACUUUUGCAAGUUCAAAGUGUAUUGUGUCUACACUGGUAGAGAAUACACUGUCUCCAAAAAAUAGCCAUAUGCUCACACUCUAAACUGAUACCAGUUCAUGUGCAGACCUACUGCCCUCUGUACUUCCACACAUGCAAAAUGCAGGUGUGAGUUUUGUUUAUUUUCUGUAAACACAAAACAUAUGUAGCAUUAACACAAUUGUCACAGUAAGCAGAAUAAGAACAAUUCUUGAUUUCACAAGUUGUCACCUUUACAUAGUCUACAGCAAUCAAUAUUUUAGGACAGUGAAGCAUAUUGUUAUACUUCCACUCUUUACCUGUAUUAGACUGUCCUGCACUGAAAACUGUGUAACACAAAAUACUCUCCACUCUGGUGCCCAACAAAGUAAACCAAAGUAACAAAACAUUUGAACUUCCGGCACUAAACUAACACCCACAAACAGUGCGGAACAGGUAGUGUUAUAUAGCAGUUUCAUGGGGAUGAUUAUGUUGAUGAUCAAAUCUCACAAAAUCACAUUCAUCAACAUGUAUCAUCCAUCAGACUGAAAUUACUGAUUAAAUGUUGCACCCAUCAUAUUUCAGCUGUCUGCAUCACCUUUGAUGUUUAAAAUUUAAAAGCUGGAUUGUGGGACAACAUUAGGAAGGAAAGAUCCAUAGUCUCCUACCUCGUCAACAUUUGGGCAAACUUUAAACACCAGCCCUAAAUUUUCAUGACUUUGAAUGAAACUAAAAAAGUGGUUUGCACUGUAUUUUUUUUAAACUGCAAUGUAUUAAACAUGCUCAUUGGCCAGCCAUUUUCUACAUGGCCUCCAGCCUGCAAAUGCCUGCUUGUAACUACAUUUUAGUUUUAAUAUUAUGUUGUUGUAUACAUGUUUCUAUGUAAAGUUGCUCUGACAUAAUGUAAAAAGACUUGAUAAUAAUGUGAUGAUUCUUUGACUGUGUAGUUAUUCAAGUUUUGUAUAAAUCACAUUUUACAUGGAAAUAAAACUGCAACAUAAAAGCAAGUUAAAAGCUUCA